UGGAUGGGCCGAUGUCAAACUGACCCAUGAGCAGCAGAGGAUUUUGAAUCAUAAAAUCGAGCCUGGCCAGACAGUGAAAAUCAUGGCAUUUGCAGGCACAGGGAAAACCUCAACUUUGGUCAAGUACGCGGAGAAAUUCCCGGAGCUGAAAUUCCUUUACCUGGCUUUUAACAGAGCUGUGGUGGAAAAGGGGAAAAAGGUUUUUCCAAGGAAUGUCACCUGCAAGACUUUCCAUUCCUUGGCUUUUGGAAGCGCUGGGAGAUGCUACAAAGACAAAGGCAAGCUGAACUUUUCCAAGAUGUCCGUGUUUUCCAUCAGCUCCCUCCUUCGGAAUUGCAAAGGCCAAUCCCUGUUUGUGAGAGGGAAAACGGUGUCGCAGACCUUGGAGAAUUUCUUUUCCUCCAGGGAUGAGGAAAUCAGCGAGGAGCACGUUCCACUCUGGUUCAGGAACACCCACGGGAACAUGGAGCGCGUGAGCCCACAGGAAAAGAGAAUCAACGUGGAUGAGGCCAGGGAGAUUUGGCACAACAUGAAGGACCUGGAUGGAGACGUGGAAAAGAAAUACAAGAUGACUUGUGAUGGAUAUUUGAAACUCUGGCAGCUCAGCAAACCCCAGCUCUCAGGAUACGACGCCAUUUUUGUGGAUGAAGCCCAGGAUUGCACUCCAGCCAUCGUGGAUAUCGUACAAUCCCAAAAAUGUGGGAAAAUCCUGGUGGGAGACCCUCACCAACAGAUCUACACAUUCCGAGGGGCCGUCAACACCCUCUACUCGCUGCCCCACAGCCACGUGUUCUACCUGACCCAGAGUUUCCGCUUUGGGCCCGAAAUCGCCUACGUGGGAUCCACGAUCCUGGAUUUGUGCAAAGGGAUCCGCGGGAAAACCCUGCUGGGAGGGACCCAAAAGGGAGACGUGAGGGGAAGCUGGGCCGGGUCGGUGGCGCUGCUGUCCCGGAGCAACUGGAACGUGUUUGAGGACGCCGUAGAAUUCUCUGGGAGAGACCCCCCGGCCAAAAUCCACAUUAUUGGGGGUUUGCAGCGUUUCGGGCUGGGCAGAAUUUUGGACAUUUGGAAGCUGAGCCAACCCCCAGAGCUCAGGAAAAACGCCAACCUGGAGAUAGAGGAUCCGUUCAUCCGGCGCUGGGAAGCGUCGGGCGGGUUCCCGGCACUGCGGGAAUUCGCCGCCUGCGUUCAGGACCGCGACCUGGAAGGGAAAAUUUCCAUCGUGGAAAAAUACCGGGAACGGAUCCCGGAGCUGCUGAGGAGGAUCAAAGCCAGCCACGUUUCCCAGGAAUCCCUGGCAGAUUAUCUCCUCGGGACCGUGCACCAAGCCAAGGGCCAGGAAUUCGACAGCGUUUGGGUCGCGGAUGAUUUUGUGCAAAUCUCGUCCAUGGCUUUCCUGAGGAGAGCGAACGACGCUCUGGGCCAGAUCCCUGAGGACGAGUGGAACCUGCUCUACGUGGCCGUGACGAGAGCCAGGAAAUGCCUGCUGAUGUCCAAAUCCCUGGAAAGCCUUUUAAGCCUGGCCAGAGAACAUUUCCUCCGGGUGGAGCUGCUGAGUGAGGCUCCCCCAUCUCCCAUCCCUUGUUGUGUGUUGGGAUGUACAAAAUCCCUGGAAUUCCGCUCCGGGCUGGUGGUGAAGAAGCUCCCGUUGAGUCGCAGCGACGGCAGCCGGGAUCUGGGGGGAUUCCUGUGCCAGGCUUGCACCCAGCAAUUCUUUGGCUGCCUGGCUCCACUCGUCUCAUUACCAACAAUCCAGGAAAAGCCCAUCCAGCCCUGACAGAGCCUCUGGCUUCCCAGAGCCGUCCUGGACCUGGGACAAAUCCUCUUGGCACAUCCCAGCUCCAAAAUCAGACGUUGGAGAUGGAAAUCGGAACAUUGGAGCAGGAUUUCAGCCAAAUCCUCCAAAUUCCAGGCGAAUGUUGGAGCAGGAUUUCAGCCCAGCUCCAAAUUCCAGGUGAAAGUUGGAGCAGGAUGUGCCCAGCUCCAAAUUCCAGGUGAAAGUUGGAGCAGGAUUCCUCUUGGCACAUCCCAGCUCCAAAAUCAGACAUUGGAGAUGGAAAUCAGGAUAUUGGAGCAGGAUUUCAGCCAAAUCCUCCAAAUUCCAGGCGAAUGUUGGAGCAGGAUUUCAGCCCAGCUCCAAAUUCCAGACAAAUGUUGGAGCGGGAUGUUCCCAGCUCCAGAGGAAUUUCCAGGCUCCCUGGGGAUGAUGUGAUUUCCUCCAGCCCUGCCUCAUCCUCCAGGAGCUGGGAAGUGGAAUAUCCAGAGGAUAUUCCAGAGGAUAUUCCUGCACUUCAGGAAUGGGAUCCGACAGAACAAGGUUCAUUUUGGAGCAUUCCCUCUCUUUCCCCUGACACCAAACUUCCCAAAUAUCCCGUCAUUCCCGGAAUUCCCUCUGAUCCAAUGGAAAAAAGAGGAAGCACAAUGCUGGAAAAUAUCCAAAGAAAAUUUAUUUACUGGAAAUGAACUUUUCCUGUCCAGCCAGGGGAGGAAAUCCUGAAUCUCUCCCAGUGAAUUCAUCUUCCAUCCUUGCAGCCAAGGGAUUUCCCUGGAUUCUUUCCCUCCUCCCUGCAGCCAACCAGGAGGGAAGAGAUAAGGCAGGAGCAGAAAAAUUCGGGGACAAACUGGAGAGGGAUUUCCAAUCCUCAAAUUAAAUUUAUAGCCAAAAAAAAAACCCCUUAACACUUCCAUUGUGUCUCUUCCAUGCCCUCAAAUAUCCUUUUAUUUCCUGGGAAUUCUCAGGUGGAUCAUGCUCUCCGUGCCUGGAGGCCACAAUUCCAGAGUCCGUGCCAUGGGAAACCAAAACUGGAAGUGGUUUUGGAAUCCGCCCUUGGCCACGGCCUGGAGCUGCUGCAGGAAGCUCGUGCAUCCUGGUUUUUAUUCCAUGGGAUGGAUUGGAUUCCAUGGAGCCGCUUCCUUCCCUCUUCUUUCACUUUGGAAGCCGAUUCCGGGAAUGCGUUCCCAGCGUGGGCAGGAAUUCUUCCAAACUCUUGGAUCUGGAUGGGAGCACAAAGCCUCGAGUGGCCGUUGGAUCAUCCCAGGGCUCCCUUCCGGCCUCUCCCGAGAUUCCUGGUUCCUUCGGAAGAGGGAUGUGCCCCGGAUCGGAGGCACAAACAGGACAGGAGCAGCCAGGAAAAUCCAUGGAAUUCCAGCCGGUGCAUCCCAAGCUUUUUGAGAACUCCUCUGUGCCGUCACUUCCGGAGGUUGGGAAUGAACCCUUCGAUUCCGCGGUGUCUGAUGGGAAUGCUGUGGGAUUCAUCCCAAUCCAAUCCUUCCUGAGACAUCCAGUGAAAAAUCUGAGUGUAUUUUCCAUAUAAAAUACAUUUAUUUCUACCUAAAAAUAGAGAGCUGCCUUUUCCGGAAUGUGAGGAAACAAGUGGAUAAAAACCUGGAUGACGGAACAAGUGCAAAAAACCUGGAUAAGGGAACAAGUGCAUAAAAACUGCUGAUGGAUAAAGGGAAACACAAAAAGGAAAAUAUUCCCUAAAUUAUUUGGUCCUCGAUGGUGUCCGUGGAGAUGCCCGCUCCAGCUUGGAUUCCGGGUGGGGAUCAGGAUCUGGAGCCGGGAUCGGCGCUGGAAGUGCUUCCCAAGGAUCCCUGAGCUCUGUGUGAGGGUGGGAUGUUCCCAACACCUUUGGCUCAGUGGCUGGAAGAGAACAGGAAAGGGAUGAGGAUAUGUGGAAAUGCUCAGCUGGGUCUUUCCAUCCAAUUCCUGGGAUUUGGGACAGAGCUGGGAAAGGGAUGGGAUCCAGCUAAUCCGAGUCUAUCCAUGGACAGGGGAUGGGAAUUACCUGGGGCAGGGCAGCUCAGCUUCAUCCCAAAUCCCAUCCCAACAUCCCAACCCUCUCCCUGCCCACCACCAGCAUCCCCAGGGCCAAUUCCCACAAAUCCCAGCUCCCAGUGUAGGACAUACCCCCACCUUCGGGAUCAUCCGUGGGAACCAUCCGCGUUCAGCUGCGCGUCCCUGGCUGCUCUCAGGGAAGCGGCCGGAAUUCCAUCCUCCGGCAUCCCUCAGGAUGGGAAUGCUCUGAGUGUCCCCGGGCCGGGUGCUCAGCCUGUGGGGACGACGACGGGAGGCUCCACCUCCUCAUUCCCGGCGGGAUGAGCUUCCAUGGGAAUAUCCAUCUCCGUCACCGCGUAGCCCUGCCCAGUGCACCUGCGGAGGGAAGAGGAGCAUUGGUGCCAUUCCAAGGUUUUCCUUUGGAAAGCACAGAAGCCUUGGAAAACUCAUCCUUACUUCCUCCUCCAGCAGCAGGCGGCCGCAAUUCCGGUGGCCAGCAGCACCAGGAAUCCUGCGGCAUGGAGACACGGAGUGAGGAACAUCUCCCAACCCACGGCCAAAGAAUUCCACCAAAAUAGCUCCGGAAGGAGCCAAACCCACUCUGGGCACCAUCACAAGGUGCCCUCCCCACCCCCAGAGGGAGAAAAUUUGGAAUUCUUCUUUCCAGGAAGGAAUUUGGGUGCUGAAUCCUUUCCCUCCCCCUCCCAUUCCUGUUGGUCAUGGAAUAAAGCUCCCAUAGCUCCCAAAAGGGAUUUGAAGCUUUAAAAAAGAAUAAAUAAGCCCCCAUUGCCCAAAUAAGCGAUUUUUUUUCCCAACUUACCAAUGGAAGAGCCCACGGGCAGGAUGGAAACUGGAAAAGAGGAGAGAAAAGGAAAUUUUGAGCUGCAGAGUAGGAAAGGGGUGGAUUCUGGGAGGAGCCUCACUAAAAAAGGAGAUUGGAGAGAAGGAAAAAUUCCAUUGGAAAAGUAGAAGAGCCUUUAUGGAUCAAAGAAGCCCCAGGGGAGGUUUGGAUUCCCUCGGGAAUUGGCCCAACCUGCGGCGUGAUCCGUGGGUGGGAUGGGCAGCGGGGUUCUCCCCUCUCCCAGCGUGGAUGUGUCCGGUGUUGGAAUCGUCUCCGGCGGCCUGGAUCCAUCUGGCAGCACAAGGGACUGACUGGAAGCUGGAGAGGGGCUGGAAUUCAGGCUGGGAUUCGGGCUGGAAUUAGGGCUGGAAUUCGGGCUGGCGUCGGUUCUUCCUGCUGAGAAAACGAUGGGAAAUCUUGAAAUUCCCAAAAUGGAAAAGCAGCUCCGUUAUUUCCGCGCCCUCAUCCAACAGCUGGGAUUUCAGGAGAUGGCGCGAAUUGGAUCCCACCACGGGAAUGUUGCGGUUUCCAAACCCCAGGCUCCAACCCCAAUCCCAAUCCCAAUCCCGUUCCUCACCCCUCUGGGUCGUGCUGUCUGUGCCGGGGGUUUCCCAGUAAUGAGCCGGAUCUCCUUUGGGAAAACACAACAGGGAGACACCAUCAGCUGGGAAAUGAAACUCCAACCGGUUUGCUGAGUCAGACAAAAUUAUUUUAUUCAAUAUUUUAUUGGAUAUUUAUUUUUUUAUUAUUUUAUCCAAUUAUUUUAUCCAACAUUGAG